AUGAUCCCAUUGGGAAUCUAUACGCACAUCAAUGUAGCUUUUGCGGUCAUUGACCCGGAGACCUUUGAGAUUAGGCCUUCGAUGAGGUCUGACAUAGAUAUAUAUGAACGCGUUACUUAUCUCAAGAGUAUUGACCCUGACCUCAAAGUGUUCAUCGCAAUAGGGGGUUGGGCAUUCAACGACCCUGGUCCCUCUGCUACCACAUUCUCCGAUCUCGCAUCUUCUGAAGAAAAGCAAAAGACUUUCUUCAGAUCCCUGACAAAGUUUAUGGCCACCUAUAACUUUGAUGGAAUUGAUAUCGACUGGGAGUAUCCCUCGGCAAGUGAUCGUAGUGGCCGUCCUGAGGAUUUCAAAAAUUUCCCGAAGUUUAUGAAGAAUUUGAAAGCGGCUCUCAAAGCCACAGGCGGUCGGGAUGGGCUGAGUAUGACGCUGCCUGCCUCAUACUGGUACCUUAAGCACUUUGAUAUCAAACAUCUUGUCCAACACAUCGACUUUUUCAAUAUAAUGACAUAUGACAUGCACGGGACUUGGGAUAAGGGGAAUCAGUGGACAGGCGAGUUUCUCAAUGCGCACACAAAUCUCACAGAAAUAAAAAAUUCCAUGGAUCUUAUCUGGCGCAAUGAGAUUCCACCAGACAAGGUAGUUCUCGGCAUGGCUUUCUAUGGACGGGCAUUCACCAUGGUUGAUCCAUCCUGCAACAAGCCAGGUUGCCUUUUUGCCUCCGGUGCUGACCCUGGAGAAUGCAGCAAUGAGAUUGGUAUUUUGAUGAAUUCCGAAAUCUCAAAGAUAAUAAACGACAAGAAAGUGGAGCCGACUCUGUAUAAAGAUGAAGCUGUGAAGAUUGCAACCUGGGAUGACCAGUGGGUAGGAUAUGAUGAUGCCGAUACAUUCGAGUUAAAGACCAAUUUUGCCCGAAGUCAAUGCUUAGGGGGCAUCAUGGUGUGGGCUAUCAGUCAAGAUCUACUGGAUGGUACCUAUUCCCGAGCUUUGGGCCGCGCAACAAACCGGUCAGUGAUUGCGCUGGCUGAUCACGCAGAAACAAAUGAUACUGAAACAGUGCUUCAUGAACAAUGCAAAUGGACGAAUUGCGGAGAUGGCUGCCCUUCCGGAUGGGUCACAGUUCCUCGCAGCGAUCCUGACAAACGCGAAGGCGAGAUCAUGCUCGAUGAUGGUGGUUGUCUUCUAGACGGACAAUUCCAUGUCCUCUGUUGCCCACCUAAAAAGGAUGUGCCAACGUGUGGUUGGUACACCUUCAACAAUGGCGAUUGCGAUGGGAAGUGCCCAGGUAACAUGUACGAGAUUGGCGGCACUCAAAGAGGCUGUUCCGGCUAUAAAGGUAAUUAUCAAGCUGCUUGCUGUACUGGAAACUCGGAUGCUAUGGCCAUAUAUCGAAAAUGCGAAUGGGGUGCUUCAUUCAAUUGUGAUGAUUACACAUGUUCCGUAACAAAGCCGGAUAUUGUUGCCUUGUCUGUUAAUGGAAAUGGAGGAUCUGUUUGCGGCGGAGAUUGGAGGACUGAUCUCAACGAAGAGCGAAAAUACUGUUGUGACUCAAGUGACGACAACAUGAAAUGGGAUGAUUGCACCUGGGAAGAUCAUUACAGUUCAACGGGAAUGAUAGCCACUCCAAAAGGCAGUGGGAAUUCUUUCUGUGCUUCCAAUUGUCCCGACAAUAAAGUACGUGUUGCUAUGGAGCAUUAUAAUACCUGCUCAAGAAAAUUAGGGUCAAGAGCGAAGUGCUGCACUCCCAAAUACACGACUACCGUCACAACAGUCGACCCAGAAUUCGCUGAAAUGGAGGCAGAUCUAAAAGCGUGGUUGGCAAACGCGACCUGUAGCAAUAGCUUCUACAGCGAUGGAUGGACUUACGGCAGCAUGAAAAAACGGUCAUUAUGGCCUGACCAUGCUCUGAAAAACAGCACACUAACAUAUAUGCUUUCAGGUCCUGAAUCUGCCAUUCAUGAGAAACGACAAGAUCAGCCUUUCAUAAUCUAUACCAGUAACUCAGCCCUCCUUAUCUUGAAUGAUAUCAUACGCGCAUGGCGCUCUAGCUUGGUAAUAGUGAGGGCACAAAAGGAGUUCGAAGCAUGGGAUCAAAUAAUUGGAGCACAGUACGCACAUUUGACAACAGCGGUGAUGCUGCCAUUCAUCAAGCAAUAUUUCAAUUUAUACAAUAUAGAAUCAAGUGAAAUAGCCACACAAGUCAUUUGUGAUUUGCAAGAAUGGGACCAGAUGAUCGAGGCAUGCAGUAUAUCCUCCAAUAACAUCACUUGUUCUAAUAUAGAUCGGGAUAAAUGGGAUCCUGAAUACAGCGUUGAUCCAGAUACCUAUGGAACAUCAUCGGGCUCAGUAUCUCGACGCGGGGUCUCUUUUCCUGACGGAAUCUUCACCUUGGACAAACGCGAUGGUGCUGGUAGAGACUUUAUUGUCGACUGCGGCAUUGAUCCCGUAACUGGCCAGAGACGUGUCAUGAUCAUCACGUCUCAAACGUACCCAAACGGUAACAACGGAAACUCUCUACAAAAUGCAAAUCGCUUGACCGCACGAUUUGCUCUAGCUAACCCUGAAGAAUGUACCGAUGUCACGAUUGAUCCAAAUGCUCCUAACAAUGUGUGGGACUGGGUUACGGAACAUAUUCUUGAACUCCAGUUGAUCCCACGAUCCAUCGAGUUUAUGGUCACUGGGAGGUUACCUCCGGUACAAGGACUUCCCGAGUACCGUUCCACCAACGCAUUGAUGCCAUGGGACUCGGCCCUACUGCUGACCAAAGAUUAUUCAAAUACAUUGCCUACAGUUCAAGGGACACCAAUCGACCGAAUUUUCAAUGCCUUGGGUUCUAAGAAGAACCCUGGAGUUUUGAGAAAUGCGGAAACCCAUUUGAAUUCAAUGAAAGGCAGGAUUUUCCACAGCCAGCAACCAAUUGGUGACACUGUGUGGAACACCAUGAAUCUCCCAGAUGUGAAUGCAGCUCGCGCUGCGUUGGAUGAGUUACGAGUGGUUAUAUCUGUCUUUGAAUAUCUCAACAGUGAGGAAAUUGGCCGCACGCUGGCUGACGUAUAUCAAGCCGUUGGCACAGAAAUGCGUACUUUUGAGAAGGCCGCCAAAAUAGCACAACCCGCUGCAACUUUUAGACCAAAUGUUUUGUGGAGAGAGUUCAUGGUGAACUUUUUUAGUCGCAUGAUCCGUUGGGUCCGGACAUGGCUUGUCGAUCAUCUCAACGAUUUGACUAACACGUGGCAGACGGUGUACAAUCGGGCGUCUGAUGACCAGACUCGAAUGAUUGCACGCCGCUUCAUUGGCGAGAUCGAUCUGCUUCGAGCUCGUCUAGGAAGUGUUCAGUUUGAUACCUCAACUUUCAUUUUCAUGUCUUAA